UAUAUUCGCUGCUCAGUUUCAAUCUGCGUCAAGCCGUCAAUCUGUGUUUUCAAUCUACUGUGCGUGGAAGUACUUGUGUCAGUUGCGUUACAACUAUUUUUUAUCAAAAAUGACGACGGUUUUGCGCGUGAAACGAAGGAUCAGCGAGCCGCCAUCGGAUUCGCUCAUGCUCUCGUUUCUUGCUAAACGACAGAAACUCAAUUUACCCGAUGACUCGGACGCGCUCGUUACGCCCGCAGAAACGAUCGCUCAAUUUGCCGGCACGCUCAGAGACCCCACUGAGGAUGUGACACAGCACCUGGCUAAAAUCCUACCUGAAGUCAACACAGAGAACAUCAGGGGCACCAAGCGGUCGGUUGACAACGAUAAUGCUGCAGAUACUUCAGGAAAUGUACCCAAGCUGGCGAAAGUGGAAUCUCUGAGAGAUCGUUACAAAAUCAUCAGCUGUCAUCCUCUGAAUGAGGAGAAGUCUGAGAAUAAAUGUACAACGCUCGUGGAGAUAGAGGAUUGCUGGAGUAGCCGUGCAUUGGAUCAAGAUAGAGAAGAGGCUACGGAAGAGGAACAGAAAAUUGAGCGGUACGUGUACGACCUAUACUAUGCGCAGACCAACAUCGAUCUCGAGCAGAAUAACAUAGCAGUGCACGAGUGGAUAUCCGGAUAUCCGGACGAGGAAUCCAGCGAAUCCGGAUGCGACACAGAGAAUGAGAAUUCCGAGUCUCACCCGCAAAACGAUUAUCCGGACACCGAUCCCGAUCGUUCCGACAGGGAAUACGAUAGUGAGUCCUCACUGGACCUAGAUAAUGACUUCCUUGACGAAUUUCCAGUCAACAGGAGGUACAGCAAUUACAGACACAUCGCGCAAAAUUACGACACGGAUACGACCAGUGAACAAGAAAACGACAGCGAUGAAUCGCUUGGGAUUUUGUAGAAACGUGUCGUAGAUUGCUCACAAGGCGAUAAUACUACAUAAUGGCUUUUGUGAGAUUUAUUUAUACAGUAAUUGAGUACCUGCAAAGUGAUUUUAAGAGAAAUAAGUAAGAUUUAUGAUAAUAAUAAAAUAUAAUGAUAAAGAGAACGGAGCGAGGAACUGAUGAUAAAACGGAAGCGUCAGAUUCCGAACAUAACAUUAGAAAAGAACAUUUAUUUGAAAGAUCUAAGGAAUAUUAUUUUUAACAAAAGAAUAUUUCUUCAAAAUGUGUCUUAUAUGAUAUAAAUUAUGACUUUGUUUUAGGGUUUUUCAUAUUAUCAUCAUUCCUUUAGCGUAAUCUCAGAUCCAGUGUAUUAUAUAGAAUAUUGAAUAAUUAUAUCAUAUAUG